GAUCUCUUUCUUUUCUUAGUCUUUUUCUUUUCUUUAGCCUUCUUGAGUUUCUCUUGCAAUUUUUGACGCAACUCUGCUUCCCUAAGACUCUGUAAUGGUGUUGCAUAUUCCACCUCGCUAUCACUACUUGUACUGCUAACAUCUAACACAAUUUCUUUAUUCGGAUCAACUUUAAUAAAGUUUCUGCAUUGGAAAGUUAAGUGUCCAGCAUAACCACACUUUUUACAUGCUGACCUCGACGUCUCCUUGCCGAAUUUAUUUAUAACAUCAGGAUAAUUUGCCAUUUAAGACAAACGUGAUUUGAUCUUAUAGAAAAUGCUAGAACAGUAGAACACUGUAAAAAAGAAAUCAACUUGUUUCUUUUGACGUCGACACAACCAAACAAACAUAUAACGUUCCGUUCCGCGCGACCAUGUAUGACGCGUCAACUUUGUUGCAUUAAAAAAAUAUUAUUGUUAGAAACACGCCUAACGGGACAUUUCGAAAUUGCAUUAUUUUUGAAUAAAUUGUACAAGAGCAAUAAACGAACCAAAUUAUUAAGGAAAAUUCCAUCUAAAUAUUAUUUCUUGACAGUUUACAAUGCAAAAACGAAUCGUUGCGACACUGCGUUUCUUUACACGCAUUUUUGCUAGCAUCCCUGAUUAUUGAUGUUUAUUUAAAUAAAAAUCACCUUUUUAAUUAUUUUUGCAGAAACCAUGAUAUAAUAAGCAAUCAAUAUACAAUGAAAUUCAGCUAGUGAGUGCAAUGUUACAAAAUGGCAGAGUUCCUACCGCUAUGCGAUGUUCUUUUCAACGUGAUUUCGCUGGCGGGCUACUUCUGCGAUGUCGUAUUCGACGUCGUAAUGGGUUACGCUUUACUUGAGAGAGGGUACAAGGGGUCGUUUGCAGCCGCUAUAUCCAUUGUCAUCACUUCACUACUGAUAUCACAGGUGCUCUCCCUCCGCUGGUACCUGCACGUGUGGUGGGCCAGCGAGGGCCGCAAGGGUAGGCCGCCGUGGCUGCCCAUCCUGCUGCACUGCCUGCAGCUGGGCGUGCUGUGGCGGUACGCACGGCUCCUGGUGCCCGUCGAAUUGAGGCGGGUGAAGCAUCAAGUCAGAGACUUGUGCAUGCUGCGGCUAGUGCACGCGUUCUGCGAGGCGGCGCCGAUGCUGCUGCUGCAGCUGCACAUCCUGUUCCGGGAGCCGCGCGCCGACGCCGAGCCCGGCGACCUGUCCCCAGCACUGGAGCCCAGCAUCGACGAGCCCACAGCCAACAAGGCGUUCGCGGAGCUGAACGUGAUCUCCGCGUCGCUGUCGCUGUUCUCGGUGUGCUGGGCGCUGGCCAGCUUCAGCAAGAACGUGCGCCUCCAGAACGUGCACCGCCUCGUGCUCACCUGGCUCGGGGUCAUCUUCCAGUUCCUAUGGCGGCUGGGGACAGUAUCGGCGCGCGUAUGCGCUCUCACAGUGUAUGCUCUAGUCUACGAAUACUGGGUGUUUCUAGUUAUAGGUCUUCACUGGGUGUCAAUGUUCCUAUGGCUGAUCUCUCCCAAGAACGCGUUCCACGGCGAACGGAUCAGCCGCCGAAGGAAGGCUUACCUCUCUACCCUCAUUGCUUUCGUCUACAUCUUCGCCUACGUCAAUCUGCAGGAGCUCAACCAUAGGCAGAAAAUGGUGACGUUCUACUGCGUGAUGUGCGUGGAGAACUGGGUGCUUGUGAUGGCCUGGUGGUGGGCCGGCAGGGAGCCCCACCCCGCGCCCGUGGCUGCAGCCGCUGCGGCAUCCGCUGCGGCCGGCCUCGCCUUCAUGCUGCUGUACUAUAGAUACUUUCAUGUUAGAAGACUCGGUUACAUGCUGAGCGAGAACAAACAGGGUACAAACAGCACCAAUGCUUCGUCGCAGAACAAAAAUGGCAAGCCAUCGCAGACGGACAACGCCGCUAUACCAGGGGUGUUUAACUGUAGAUUUUCUAACCCCGUUAGUAAUAGCGCAGCGAACGGCCGUAAGAAGAAGAAGCCCACUUCAUUCGUGCCUCCGCCCGCCGCACCAGCACCCGCGCCCGCGCCCGCGUCGACCCCCGCCCCCGCGCCUGCCGCCUUCUGGCGCCGCCCGCUGCCAGCUGGCGCUGCUCAUAACCAUCACGGAGGAUCAUCAGAGAACGAGGGCUCAAGCGUCGGCUCCCGAGUCAACAUCCAGCAGAAACUACAAGAGAAGAAGCAGAAACAACUCGCCGAACUCCGGGUGAUAGAGGAAGAGAUCAAACAAGGCAAACUGGCAAAAACCACGCCCGUCGCCGCCGAAGAAAUCUACAGUAGCCUCCAACGACAACCUAUCCCCAGAGCGAAGACCCACGCCGAUCCCCCAGCCUGGCCUAGCAUAGAAAUGACCCAUUCCUACCAAAACUACCCCGUCCUACCCCACACCUGCAACGUCUACCCCACCUACACGGAAAUCAAGCCGGAAUACUCAGUGCAAAACUUUCAAAACGACACCGCGACGGAAAUCAACGAGUUGAAACCACGAAGAAUACAAAAUAGAUACGAUAAUGCGAGAACUUUCUACGAGAACCCAGCGAAUGUGAGAACUGACGUCAAUAGGCCACUAAGAUCCCCAAAUUAUUUAGCUUUGGAGACGAGGACGUACGAAGCCAAUAGCUGCGGAAGUCCAAGGAACGUAAUGACAAACAGCCCGAGAAACUAUUUGCCAGACGUUUCUAAUACGUACGAAUCAACGCCGCUGGAUAAACCAAGGCUACAAACAGCGGUUUACGCUGAGAAUCAUACGAUCGCAGAAUAUUUAGGCUACUGCGAGAACCAGUACUCCAAAUUUGAAGCUAACGAUGUAACGGCUUUGCAUUCGCCUUUGAACGUCCAAGGCAUAGACAAUAUGAGGAGUUACGAGUGCGGGCAAUAUGGGCAGAAUUGUGAACGAAUGUACGGCGGGUACCCAGGAUUGGGGAAGAAAGAGCGAGACAGGAAGAUGCAACGCUGUCGCACGCCGGAGAUAUUGCUGGCGCCGCAUUAUUUAGAAGGAUGCAGUAGGCAGGUCUGCUGCCAUUGGGGGCCGCCUUAUACGAACAGGAAGAAGGAGGAGGGCGCGGCGGGCAGCAGCGGCGACGACUCGCCCGACACGCCGCGCCCGCCCAGCGACAUCGACAGCCAGAUCUCCUUACCUCGUUCGUAUACACUACCGCGGGAGUUCCGCUACUGGAGGAGGAGGCCGCGACUCAGGGACACGCAUGUGCCCAGCAAUAACAGCAGUGACGGCGACGUAGACAGCGCAGACAACGAGUCUGAUAGGCGCUCCAACUGCUCCGCGUCGCCGCAGCUGCAGCGCCGGCGCCCGCCGCGAUACCACCCGCCCAAACCAGAGACAAAGCUUUAGCACACCCUACUCUUAUUGCCAGAGUGGGCGCCAACCAUACGCCCACAGAAUGGAUAUUAUUUUAUUAGAAUAUUAACCCGCCCUGAUUGCAAUAACACCACGGUAGGCGUCUACUAUAGAGAGCUGCCAGCCUUGUUACCACCUGCCAAACGAGACUAAGCUUUAUGCCAUUCUAUUGAUUCCAUGUUGGGCGCCAACUAUACGCAUAGAUGGACUGAACAGCUGUCAGCCCUGGUACCACUCGCCCAAGCCAGAGACAAAGCUUUAACCCGCCGUACUAUUGAUGCCAACCAGAGUGGGCGCCAAUCAAACAUUGAAGAAAAUUGACUGAGCAAUGCAUGAAAUUUCUUAUAAAUAGUCCGUAUGUCGCCGCAGCUGCAGCGCCGCUACGACACCAAGGAAUAAAUUGUAAUGACAUAUUCAUAAGUGUGUGCAUUCACCACUAGUCCUUAUGUAUUAGAAAUACUAAAGUAUUUCUUGACCGAACAGCCUAAAUUUAGUAAUAUUUAUGUAGCGAGAUGUAACUGGUAAUAUCCCAAGCCAGAGACCAAGCUUCAAACAUCCCUAACUGAUAUCCACUGAUUCCACGGUGGGCGCCAACCAUAAAAAAAAGGUCUGAGCAGCUGCCACUCCCGAUACCACCUGCACAAGCCAGAGACUAAGCUAUAACCCACUCUACUGUUAAUGCCAGAAUAGGCUCUAACCAACACCACCCACCACACGUAAUAGAUUGAGCAAUUACUAACCCACGGUGCACCCGCCCAAACCCCGAGACCAAGCUAUAACCUACUCUUCUACCUACUGACACUUACCCCACGGGGGGCGCCAACCAUACUCUGAAGAGACUGGACUUGGUAAUAAAUAUUGCAUGAAAUUGAAGAUCAAGCGUACUGUAGUUCGCAUUCGAAUUUAUUUACAUUAACACAAACUAGAGGUCAUUUUAGUCGAAGUAGCGGCAGUAGCCGAGAAAAAGCGAUGGUGCAACCAAAAUCUAUACAAACUAUUGUCCAGACGAUCACUUCAUCGCUUAUCAGCUCAGUUUCAUAGUUACAGUUAGUCAAGGAACGCUCAAUCUAUUAUCCAUUAUAUUAACCAACUUUGCCACCACAUUGGGCGCCAAUUAUCAACCAUCUUUAUUUUCAUGUCAAAGAAAAUGCAUCCCUUUAGCUCAAUGUUAAUAAGUAACCUAAUUAAUCCUGACAAAGUUCCUGUAACACUAUCAGCGGCUUACAUACUCCGUAUCUAGUACAGUACCCUUAGCACGAACCAUUAUCGAAUUCGAAUAGU